AUGGUGCUCACCAAGGCGGAAAAGGCAAAAAACGAUGAGCAAAUCAUCAACACGGCGAUCACUUGGGAGAUUUUAGAGUACGAUAUGCAAAAAGCGUUCGGAAGUCUAGCGAAAAUCGGUGAGAAACGAAGCGCUCAAUUGAUGGCUGACGGGAAUGGUUAUGUUUCAUACAUCGCUUUGGUUGUUUUUGAUUGGACGACUGAUCGAGAUCUUCUACCCGAGAAAGCCGUGCUAAAGAUCACCUCUUGCGACAAAAUGGAGAUCCUGAUCAAGGAGAUGCCGGGAUUUGAGAUGAAUAAUGUCAGAGAAAAAUGCGCUGCGGCCAGCGACAAUGAGCUAAAAUUCUACGAAAAUGCCUUUAAAACGCUGAAAUUUUCCAACGAGCUCCGCGUGCCGCAAUUCUUUUGUGGACGAGAUUUUGGCAUUGAUGGAGUGGAAGCGGGCUAUUUCGCCAUUGAGCACUUUGACAACGUGGAGAAUCGCCACUUCUACAAUAACAUCCAAGAGUCGGCCGUUUUAGAGAUUAUUCGACAAUUAGUCAUCAUUCAUACGCAUUCCUACAAUCAUCCGGAAAUGAUGGGGAAAAUGGACGGGAAUGUGUACGAACAACUCUAUGGCGAUUUCGCCGACAUAGAGAAAAUGGAAAAAGCUAUCCACGAGGCGGGCACAACGUAUCCAGAGCUGAAAGAGAAAUUGGAAAAGCUCAAAUCCCAGCUGAAGCACUUUACGAAUUGGGAGACCUAUCAGAAGAAGCUGCAUGAAUCGUGCAAGACCCGAAUGUUUUGCCACGGCGAUUUGUGGACCGGGAACAUGUUGUGGAGGAAAGAUGAGGCGGGAGACUAUCGAAUGUUGGUCAUGAUCGACUGGCAGCUUUGCCACCUCGGCAAUCCACUUGAUGAUUUGACCCGUUUGUUGACGAGCGCCAUCUCGAAAGAGAGCUAUUUGGAAAGACGAGAUUUUUACUUGGAGACCUAUUACAAAUGGUUCAAAGAGAACACGAGUGGACACCCAAUGCCCUGGGAAUCAUUUGAUGAGUUCUUGAAACAGUACGAACACGUCUUCAUUUUGACAACCGUCAUUUUUGGCCCACUUAUGGCGAAUUUUACGAAAAUGCUCUUGGAGAAAUGUCGAGAAGAGGAAAAAGAAGCCGGCUUCAAAUGUUAUUGGGGGAAAUUGGAGAACAUGCUGGAUGAGUCGAUAAAAUACAUCGAGAAAUGGAAUUGG